CUGAAACACUUUCGUAUUUGAGUCACAUAUAAUUAUUCCCAUUUUUUUAUGCAAUAGAACAAACUGUAAAAAUUUCUGGUUUUUCUAACCCCACAAUAUGAGUUCUCCUUGUGGCAAGUGUAAUACAUGCUCUUGUUCUGGUCACACAAAACAGCCAGCGCAACAAGAACAACGUGGAAAGGCUUGUGGGCCUCAACCGCAGCCGCAGCAAUAUCAACAAGUACCUUGUCCCACACAACAACAAUCGCAACAACCACAACAGCAACUGCAGCAGCAAACAAGAACUUGUCCGGCACAUCAACAACAACAACAACAGCCACAACAACAACCACAAGUAAGAACUUGUCCAGCACAACAGCAAGCACAACACCAACAGUACCAACAGUACCAACAGCCCCAACAACCCCAACAUCAACAACAGAUAACUUGUACAAACCAGCAACAACUACAACCACUAAAUUAUCCGUCAAACCAACAACAACAACCACAACAGCAGCCAAACUGUCAGGUACAACAACAACAACCACAAGCAUCAAAACCAUGUCCGCAAACUGAAAAGAGAAAUAGAGUUGAAUGCCGCUGUGCACCCAGCAGAGAUCGACGAACCGUACCUGUGCAGGCGCCAUUGGCUGAUACAUACACUUGCCUGCGACCACGUACUCAACCCACCACUACUAAUCAACCGAUAUGUACAUGCAAGCAAAUGUCAGCCCCGGCCACAUGCGAAUGUGCUCCGCCUUCCGCACCGCCAGUGCCACCGCCAGUGACCUGUAAUUCGGGAGCUCCGCCGACGCAUGCAUACAUUGCUUGUGGCACACCCACUAACACUCGACGAUCAGAGAACCCAUGCUCGGGAGCUGUAGAAGAAGUUGUGGUGCCGCAAUAUAAAAGAGAUGAAACGAAGCAAAAGCGCCAAACAUGUAGCCAUUGCCAAUCACAGGCUAAACAAAAGAAGAAAUGUAUUAUACAAUAAGAAAAGCACAAUUCGGCACAACAUAGUAGGCUGAACAGGAUCGGUCAGAGAUAUGAGUAAUACAAAUAUUUUUCCUACACUUUCAACUAUUUGGGUACAAUUUACAUUUUCAGUCAAAAUUCUAUAAAAAGUAACAAAAUUUAAAAUUUUUAGUACGAAAACGUUCAAAAUUAAGUUAAAUACGUAGCAACGCUAAUUGGAUCAGAAAAGAAGCAAUAAUGUCCUGUAAUGCGCCUAACAUUCCAAAAACGAAUGGUUGCUGUUGCUCGCCAAGCGUCGCACGCAUGGAUCCUCCGGCGUUACCAUGCGGCGUGCUAAACCAAGAGUGUACUAUAAGGACUGGAGGUCAGGCUUCCUACAGAACGCCACCGAACCAGGGAAUGUGCAGUCAUUGCAAGGGAAAGAUGCACCGCAAGAAGUGUUGCACCAUUCAAUAAACUAAAGGCAAGAAAAGCCUUUUCAGAAUUUACAGAAUUUUCAGAGUGUUAAAGUCAAAGUUGAUCAAAGUUGGCUUUAAAGGAUGACAUCAGCAUUUUUAGUUGUUCAAAAUUUUCAUUCCAAAAUUCAAUUCGUUUGAAGAACAUCUUAGUUUCAAAUGUAACUGUUUGGAAAAACAACCAAAAUUAAAAAAAAAAAAAUUGGAAGCUGUUUUCCGAUUUCAAAACUAAAAUCAGAAUGUCCAACCCGUGUGAUACAACUGGAAGUCCCGGAUCAGGUAUGAGGCCGCAAUGUGAUUGCCGUCCACCAGAACUUCCGCAAACAUGUACUCCGUGCGCACCGCAACCAGAGAUCAUAAGAGUUCCUUGCUGCCCUGCACCUGUUGCCCAACUACCAGAAAAUACAUAUUACCGUUGCGACCAUCCACCGAGGCCACAAAAGAAUAGGAAAUGCAGCAUACAAUAAUUAAAGCUGCCAAAUAUUGAACAGAGCAUAAACAAAAAGCAGAAAAAAAAAAACAAGAAAAAUCAACAAUAAU